AUGUCGAAAUAUUGGGAUUCUCGGAAUUUCUCGGAUUAUUGUGGAUUAUUGGGCUUUGAAAUAAUGCGUUAUCUUAUGCAAUCGGAAAUUUCUACCAUAGGUCCUUACACUUGUGGCGAAUGGGAAAAUGGCGGCUUCCCAUGGUGGCUUUUGAACAAGCAGAACUGUCAACCACGUACAAGCCAGAAAGGGUUUCUGACUGCUGUCGAGAAGUUUUAUACAGCGCUAUUUCCCGUGAUAAAGCCACUUUUACGUAAGAAUGGUGGUCCGGUGCUAAUGUUACAGAUAGAAAAUGAGUAUGGAAGCUGUUCUUAUUGCGACAGGUAGCU